UUUGAAGCAGAGUUCCUGAAACAUCUGCGCUUCUUAAGCUCGACACACUGUCGAAACAGAAGUAUCCCUAUUCAACAGCUAUUGCACCUGCAGUGCUCCACCCUAUACAUCAGUAGUACGUGGUACUCGAUGUUUUUCACUGACUGCAGUAACGAGUCGCCUGGAAAAUAAUGGAUCUUCUUGUAUUGCUGCUGUUGUGCAGUGCUCCACUCAUCCGAGGACACAGCUCAGGUCUGGUUAUAGACAGUUGUGAAGAAUUGAAAUCCCAUCAAUCAGGGCUGAGCCCACAAACGGCACCAUCGCCCUUCAUAGUCACCACAGAGCAAAGGCGCUACAGAGUUGGAGAGGAUGUCAAAGUUGAGCUACAGGGUCCGGCCUCCACACCAUUCACAGGUUUCCUGUUGGAGGCUAUAGAAGUGGGAAGUGAGACUCCUGUGGGUUCCUUUGCCACACCAGCAGGGGCUGCUAAAGUCCUCACCUGCAGCCAAAGACCUAGCUCGGCUGUGUCCCACACAUCAGGCUUUAAUAGCAGCUACAUUCAGGUGACAUGGAGAUCAGAACCAUCAGGAGACAUCAAAGCUGUUCAGUUCCGUGCAUCCUUUGUGCAGAAUUCUACAACAUUUUGGGUUAAUGUGAUGAGCUCUGUCCUGACCUUCACUAAUGGCAGAGCUGCUAGAUCUGCAGGUGCCCUCACUGGGAAUGGCAGUACAGAUCCUGCACCACUUGUUAAAUCAGCUGCAUCCAUCUCUAGCGCUAACUGUGGCGUCACCAAAGUGUGCUUCAGUCAGCCUUCAAACUGUGACCCAGCAGUCAGUGCUAGCUGUUAUUUCAUGUCAGCCAUGAUGUUAGCUGGUGGUACAGCUGUCCAGUAUGAGAUGACUGGUCCUUAUGAAGGCUACAUCGCUUUUGGAUUCUCUGAUGAUCAGAAGAUGGGAAACGAUGAUAUUUAUGUUUGUGGAAUGAACAGUAAUGGACAAGUUGGUGUGCAACAUAUGUAUUCAACAGGACGAACAACUCCACAAGUUGUUGCUCUGGGGAACGUUUAUAAUAUAACAACGUCAUUGCAGAACAAUGUCAUCAGUUGUUCCUUCACUACUACGGAGAUAAUUUCUAUACAGGGGACUUCAGGUUUCAGCCAAUCCUACUACUUCAUGUUUGUCUGCGGACCCAGCAGCAAUGGACAAAUCCAAUUCCAUAAGCACGACUUUGUCAGCACUACUAAGAUGGCCAUUUCUACUCCUGUUGUAAGUGAAAGGGGAUUUCCUGAUAUCAUCAAAGCUCAUGGGUCACUAAUGCUGAUUGCCUGGAUGACCACGGGAACACUGGGAAUGAUGGUUGCCCGGUAUCUGAAAACAAUGGCCAAGGGAACAACAAUGUGCAACAAAGAUCUCUGGUUUGUGGUCCAUGUUGGAGUAAUGCUUCUGACGGUAGCAGCCACAAUCAUUGCUUUCAUCCUCAUUUUCGCUCAUACUCGGGACUGGUCUGGGGGAGCACAUCCAGUGUUGGGUUGUCUGGUUAUGAUCCUCUCCUUCUUCCAGCCUAUAGUGGCUAUGCUGCGCUGCGGACCACAGCAUCACCUGCGGUAUCUAUUCAACACAUCACAUUUUUUGAAUGCAGUGAUAAUAAAAUCUUUAGCCGUGGGAGCCAUAUUUACAGGCCUGAACUUGAUUGACAGCAGUGAUGGAUGGUUAAUGAAAGUCAUGGGUGGCUUUCUUGCCUGGGAAGCUCUCUUUUACAUCAUGUUGGAGGUUCAUAAUGGGAAAUCUAAGGAGAAAGGCAGUGCUACUGUAGAAGUGGAAUCAGAAUCGGUAAAAAUUGAUGGUCUGCUGAUCGGUCUGUUCUUUCUGGGAAACAUUUGCUUUUUGGUGGCACUUUUGGUUGGAAUUGGGGUGAAAUAAGAGCCCCAAAAGAAUUGUCUGAAGAAUUGUUUCUUUUCUUUUGGUAUUUUAUCCAAAUACACCUGAUGGGAUAUUGUGCACUGAAAGUUUGGACCCAUUGAGAUUGUUUUCUCUU